AUGCGUGCAGUUGCAGCCUCUGGCUCCCGGCCAACUUCAGGUGGUGGCGCAUAUGUACUGGAGGGAUACGAGGCACUAGAUGUGAUCGGAAAUGGCACAUUUGGUUUGAUACGCAAAGUUCGCCGCAAGUCGGACGGCAUGCUGUUUGCUCGCAAGGAGCUCAACUUUGAGCGCAUGAAUGAGCGCGAUAGAAAGCAUAUCGUAUCGGAAGUCAACAUUUUGCGAACACUUCAGCACGACAACGUAGUACGUUACGAAGAGCGCUAUGUCGAUACGGAAAAUGGUAUUCUCUACAUUGUGAUGGAGCUGUGUGAGGGCGGCGACUUGGGCACCGUGAUCAAGCGUUGCCGUCGCACCAAAACUCACCUUCCUGAGGAAAGUGUGUGGUCGUUUUUUGCGCAGAUGACGGCGGCUUUGGAGGCAUGUCAUUACCGAACUGUGGCACCAUCCAUGUCCGGUGCACCCCGCACAGUGCAAGCCAUAUUACACCGCGAUCUCAAGCCCGAGAACGUGUUUCUCGAUGCCGAUCAGAAUGUUAAACUGGGCGACUUUGGCCUCAGCAAGCAGAUGGCGGCGCAAGCUUUUGCUAACACAUACGUCGGAACGCCAUACUACAUGAGCCCCGAGCUAGCCACAGGUCAGCCAUACGACAUCAAGUCGGAUGUGUGGGCGCUAGGGUGUAUUGUGUAUGAGCUUUGUGCCCUGUGUCCACCGUUCGAUGCUUCAAAUCAAACUGAACUCACUCGAAAGAUCAAACAGGGAGCUGUGCCUGCCCUCCCACGGCCAUACUCUCGCGAUCUGCAGGAGGCCGUUAAUGCCAUGCUCCAACUUGACCACCGCCGACGUCCCACGACGCGGCAGCUGCUCCAGAUCCGCCAGAUCAAGAUGGCUUGCCGCACCCAUGAUAUUGCUGUCUUACACAAACAUGUUCGGGUUGAAAAGGAACGUCUGCACGCUCAAACACUUGCUCUCGAAAAGCGUGAAGCACUUUUGCAAGCGCGCGAGCAAAAAUUAGCGGUGCAGACGCAGGAAUUACAGGAGUGGUCUGACUAUCCCUCACGCUCUAAGGCUUUGGAUGAACGUGCUUUACUUCUCAACCAGCGUGAAUUGGAGCUGUGCCGUCGUGAAGAGUCUCUCCAGCAGUGGUCAGUGGAAAAAGGUCGUAUGCAAGAGACCAUUUCACAGUUGCGCCGCGAACUGGAAGAGAAAAACGCAUUGCAUGCUUCUCUAUCUUCCCAUGAUACCUCUCUUAAGCCAUCUCGUACAAGGCAGAGAAAAACGCUGAAAGGCGAAGAAAUACUUCGCGCACGUAUGGCGGAAGGUGCCGUGUCUCUUCCAAUGAAAGGCCGCCUCACGGACGACGAGUGGAUCGACGACGACGAGCCCGUACGCCACGCACCCACAAGUACCAUACCAAAUUUAGACCGCAUGCGACGUCUGGAAGCCGACAUGUCUGACUGCUCGAUGAAGGAUGCCUCGUGCAUGUGGCGCGAAGCAUUGCCGCUCCGAGCACGGACGGGCGAUACGCCCAAGCGCACUUCGAUGCCCAAUGCCGUUCACGAAGAGGAAGAAGAGCCAUCUAUGCCAACGUCUCGUACCAUGCCAAUGAACUUGAACUGCUUACCCCAAGAGCCACAGUGGCUCUUGAUGGACGAGGAAGAACGGCCCUCUCCCUUCCUCAAGCGUGUGAAUCGUAUUCCACUCGAAGCCCUCAAGUCGGACGUGAGCGACGUGGAUACGGGCGUUAAACUCGAGCCUGGUCCAUUUAAACCACCUUCUUCACGCACGAGUGCGGCGGCAUCAUACGAUCAGGAAAAUGUUCCAUGUCCCCGCACGCGUAUCAUGACAGAACACCGGCGUCGACGUUCGUCUCUCUUACGCCCCGCUGAUGCUCGACCAGCACAGACCAACAUUCCACGCCUCGAUUCGAUCCGUUCUCGCACACACGGCAUCCCGUCCAGUCCAUCCACACGCUCUCUGCGUCCCUUUUCUGCCGCUCAGCGUGCGCGGUAA